AAAUGGGUGCUCUGCGUAGCGCAUCCCUGUAUUCAUUUUACAUGUGAUGCUAUGGCAACGGCGUAGCUAAGCUGUCAGAACCCUGCCCCGGCUGUCACCUAUUGUUUGCUCGCCCGCAGCCCGUGGCCUGCGCAAAUAACGUUCUGUCAUCGUUGAGGCGGUCACCUCGAAGCUGUCGGAGGUCGUGUACGUUCGGACUCCUCAAUUGCCGCUUCCUCCGUUUGCGAACAGCCCGCCGCUGUGUUUACAACAUGGCUCGGACUAAACAGGCUAAGCCCGCCCGGCCUGGACGAGAGGCGGCAGCCCAGCGGUCUACGCGGGCCGGCGAAGCCGUGGGCUCACCGGCACGCGGCGGCACGCCCGCUCGCAGUGGACGGAGCCCAGCGGGUAAAGCAGCAACCGGGGCCAAGAAGCCGCACCGCUAUCGGCCGGGCACCGUGGCGCUGCGCGAGAUCCGCAAGUACCAGAAAUCCACGGAGCUGCUGAUCCGCAAGCUGCCCUUCGCGCGGCUGGUCCGCGAGAUCAGCAACCAGAUGCUGCGCGAGCCGUUCCGCUGGACGGGGGAGGCGCUGCUGGCGCUGCAACAUGUGGCCGAGGACGUGCUGGUCCACCUAUUCGAGGAGUGCAACCUGUGCGCCAUACACGCCAAGCGCAUCACCAUAAGGGUGCGUGUGCUGUCGCGCCUCUGCCCAAGGACAUGCAGCUGGCGCGCCGCAUCCGUGGGCCCAUCUACGGCAUUUCCAGUAACUGAACGGCCGCUGAUGUUUUCCGGGGAUGGUAUGGCGGUGGCCGCGCUCACCCCGGCACCCUAUGACGCCGCCGCCACCUUCACGGCAACGUGGCAGCAACAGGCAGAAAGCCGCAACUCCGGUUGCUGCCACAGCAGCAGUGGUGAUGCGUGUACUUUGCAGCGUGCGGCGCGGCAAUCCUCGCAACUACCAACACUUUAACUGACACACGGGGACCACAAACGGGCUUUCGCGCAACUGCCAACGAACAGGGGCAGCGCGUGGCGUGGUGGUUGGCGCGGGGCGCGAGUGGGAGCUGACAGUUGCGCGGGGGCGCGUGUGGGAAGCUGCUGUGGAGUACGGCGGAGCUCUGCGGGCUGUGGCGGUUGGCGCGCAGCGCGAGUGGGAGUGCGUAGUUGGACAGCGAGGCGUGUGGGAAGCUGCAACAGAGUACGGCGGGGCUUGGCGGAGGCUGGUGGUUGGCGCGGCGCGCGAGUGGGAGUGCAUAGUCGUGCGCGCGCCGUUUGGGAAGCUGCGUGUGUGAGCUGCGUGUAAACUCAGAGAGACGCAUGGGGCUGACCCGGUUUCCAUAAGCUGCCUCUGAGCGUACACGGUCUCACACGGUUGACAGUUGGGCUCCAGCGCGUGCGGGACUCGCUGGAGUGCAUGAUAGUCGCUGGUGGGCACGCGCGGGCGGGGCGCGGGGGGAACUUGCGCGAAAGCCCGUUUGUGAUCCCCGUGUGUCAGUUAAAGUGUUGGUAGUUGCGAGGAUUGCCGCGCUGCACGCCGCACGUGCAAAGUACACGCAUCACCACUGCUGCUUGCCACUUCAGUACCUGUCACAUUUUGACGGUCAGCCGGCAGGUUCAAGAUGAAGGCCGAGGGCUUGAUUGAAGUGCAGACGGCGUGCACCGACACCAGAAGACAGACUUUGUCCCAACCGCCCCCGAAUCCCGCGCCUGGAGCUGGCUCACGCACCCGAAUUCGGGCUAGGCGCACCCACAGGCGCCCAUGGGCGACAUGGUCGCGGCUGCAGGGCAAGGCGGCUGCGGGAGUGCGGGGUCAUGGCGGCGGCGCGGGUAGCCUUGAAGUGUUUGUCUGAAGACGGCACAGAGCGAGGCUGGGAUGAGUUGGCCACCUGUGACAUGAAUCGAUUCGCCUGUUCCGCCUGAUGCUGUUGCUGAUGGUGAGCGAGAGCAUCCAAGCUUUUCCCGGUUUGUCGUC